AUUCCCUUUUCUACUCGCCAUCUCCAGUCUUGUCUGCUUCUUCAUCUUUCGCAUCAUAAAGAUUUCUCAUCUUUCGCUUCUUCAUCCUUUUUCUUGUUUCAUAUUUAUCCGGAUACGAAACACCAUUAGCAUAUGUUUUUAUCAUCAAUGGGUUUUCGGAUGGUCGAAAUUCUAAAUCUGGAACGCGGCUCUAGAGAGUUUAACCCUAAUUUUUCGAGGAUAUGUGUGAAACACCACUCGGCAGAGCCUUUUUCACAUUAAAGUUUUGGCAUGAAGAAUUGCAAAGCAAACUGCAUUAUUAGUUAUUACAUAUAGAUGGUUCCUCAAAUAGAGGGACAAAUGAUACUCAGGAGGUCGCACUUGAAGAGGGUAUCAGCCGUGGACAUUUGAGGAUGGCUGUUAUGGAGAAGGAUGAUGAGGAUGCGAUUUGCAGAAGAACCAGAGCAAGGUAUUCACUUGCUGGCUUUACACUUGAUGAACUAGAGACAUUCCUUCAGGAAACAGAUGACGAGGAUGAUGUUCAGAAUGUUGAUGAUGAAGAAGAGUACAAAAAGUUUCUAGCGGCAGUGUUACAGGGUGUAGAGGGAAACUCAGCAAAUGCACAAGACCAUGAGAAUGUGGAUGAUGAAGACGAAGACAAUGAUGCUGAUUUUGAGCUUGAAAUCGAAGAGGCAUUAGAGAGUGACCUUGAUGAAAACCUGAAAGACGAUAUUGGGGAGGGUAAGGCUAUUGAGCAGCGGCCAAAGACUAGGCUUAGUAGGCGCCAAAAAUAUUCUGUUGAGCAUAAGAAGGCUUCUGGAGAAUCAACUAGGCAAUUACGCCCUCUCUUGCCAUAUUCACCCAUUGCUAUGUACUCUGCAUUUGCAGGGAAAGGUUGGGUGCCCAGGGCCGCACCAAUCUGUCUCAGCUCUCCCAAUGGACUUAUAAAUGGAUUUACUCCGUAUCAGAUAGGACAGCUUCACUCCUUAAUACAUGAGCAUGUUCAACUUCUUAUCCAGACAUUUUCUCUUUGUGUUCUUGACCCUGUAAAACAAUACAUUGCUCCGGAUGUUCAUAAAUUGAUAUCUGAAUUACUAUGUAAGCGAGAUGAAAUGUUAGCACAGGGAAGGGCACCAUACCCCCAAGUGUGCUUCAUACCAAAGCAUAUUCAUUCGUCAAUGGAUGGUAGUGCUCCUGAUAUUUUGCCAAGGCGUAAUAUCAAUGGAUUGUCUUCAGCCUCUGAUAUGCAGGGAGAUUGCUCUGCUGCAUUAAAUGGGGUUCAGCCUUCUAAUUGUACAUCUCCUUCAACAGGACGGUUAGUGUAUGCCUCAACCGAGCAGGAUGAAUGCUUGCGAUCUGCCGAAGGCUCCCCCUGGAUGCCUUACGUUGGUGAUAAAACAGUUACUGUUCUUGAUGUGGCUCCUCUCAAGUUGGUUAGAAAAUUCCUAGAUGAUGUGUCCGUUGCACAAGAAUGCCAGAGGCGACAACUAGGAGCUACUUGUGAUGUUUCUGCUGAAAAAGUUCCCCUCUUUCCUGCGUGUGACACUCAGCUGUCUGCUGAAGCAGACCAUCCUGCUCUGCUACCUUCACCCAUAUCUAAAAAGACAUUGGCUGCUUCACUAGUUGAAAGGGCAAAAAAACAAUCAAUUGCACUUGUUCCGAAGGAGAUUGCUAAGUUGGCCAAGCAAUUCUAUCCGUUAUUUAAUCCGGUCCUGUAUCCUCAUAAGCCACCUCCAGCAGCUGUGGUGAAUCGGGUACUCUUCACCGAUGCUGAGGAUAAAUUGUUGGCUUUGGGAGUCAGGGAGUACAAUACAGACUGGAAGGCUAUUCAACAGCAAUUUCUCCCUUGCAAAUCUAAGCAUCAGAUUUUUGUCAGGCAGAAGAACCGUUCAUCAUCUAAAGCCCCUGAAAAUCCAAUAAAGGCUGCCCGGAGAUUAAAGAAUUCCCCAUUGACUUCAGAAGAGAUUGCGCGGAUUGAGGAAGGUUUGAGAGUAUUUAAACUUGACUGGAUGUCAGUGUGGAAGUUUUUUGUUCCGUAUAGAGAUCCUUCUUUACUACCUCGGCAAUGGCGUAUUGCUACUGGAACUCAGAAGUCAUAUAGAUCAAAUGCAGAUAAAAAGGAACGGCGGCGUCUAUAUGAAUCACAAAAAAGAAAGUGCAAGGCUGCAGCUUUGGAAAAUUUGCACCCAUCAUCUGAAAAACUGGACACUGGCUCUGCUGAUAAUUUUGGAGAAAAGAACAGUGCGGAUGAUUGUACUGAUAAAGAUGGUGAAGCUUAUGUCCAUGAGGCAUUUUUGGCAGAUUCGAGGGCUGGUCUUCCAAUCAUCUCAUCAGAAGCCCCUCUUCCUGAUAUAGUGGAUGAAAGUUGCCCUCAUCCACCAAAAGUGGAUGGUUCUCAAGUUGGAGAGAAAAUAAACGAACUUGGCUGUAGUGACCAUCAACCCCAAAUCAACAGGUUUCCAGUUUCUUUAAAAUACUCCCACUAUUGACAUAAUCUAUAUCUUAUGGUCUUUUUGGCGGAUAGAAAUUGGAAAAUACUAGGAAAGAUGAAGGAAACAAAAGUUGGGGGAAGGG